UGUUUUAUCUUACUAAUGGUCAUGCGUUCUCAGAUAAAGAAUAAUUGUACAUCCGAUCCGCAAUGGACUGAAAAAAACCGCGCUGAUAAAACAAGUACCCGGUAAGAAGACAGUUGUAAUUAAUGCUGUUUAUUGUACGGAGCAUAUCAGUUCGAAGUGCUCGACGUUUACCCCGCGAAUAAUACAACAUAGAAACGGAGAAAUUAGCUAUAAUAAAAAACAUUCGAAACAAUGUUUGAAUGGGCAUAUGAUGGCGUUAACGCCUCGAUACCACGUAACGUGGGCCCGGAAUGUGCCAACUACUUGAGCCCAAAGCGAAGGAUCAUCGAAACAGCGCUUAUAUCUAUAUUCAUAAUAGGAAGCCUAGUUUGGGGCUACAAACGAAUUAAAUUACCAACCAAAGUGUCAUACGCGAAUAAUGACCGCGUUGGCAGAAGAGUUCUACUAAUCAUCAUGUCAUUAGUAUUAGGAAUAGAGAUUGGUUUUAAAUUCACCAGCAGGACAGUCGUGUACAUAUUAAAUCCUUGCCAUAUAACAACAGCAAUGCAGUUAUAUCUGCUGGCAGCAGAUCCUAGUCCUACAGUCACAGCCAUAUUCAGGAUACACUUAAACUUUUUGAAUGGACCAGUUUUAGCAUACUUAUUUCCAGAGACAGAAUCUCGCAGAAUAUUUGCAGACAAAGCAAUGUACUGGAUUCAGCAUGGUUUGAUGGUAGUCAUACCGUAUUACUUAUUAAGGAUCGGAGGCGUGUACAAUGUUGAACCUCUGUCAGAUAUGAGCUGGUGUAUAUUCAGCUAUGGAAUAAAUUUAGCUUAUCACUUUUGGAUAAUUCAAGCUAUUGCCUUGCCGAUACAAGUAAAUCUCAGUCAUAUGCUGUGUGCAGCUGUCCUAGACCCUUUUGGAGGUCAAAAUUAUCGUGUCUGGACAUUCGUUCAUCAGGGAAUAUUAUGUCCGUUAUUAUGCAAGCUGUUCUGCUACGGAUCCGAUUUCUUCUUAACGAAGUUCCGGCUGACUCGAGUGAAACCAUCCCUCGAGUGUGUGCUAUCCAAACAGAACAAUAGCGAGAAUAACGAAAAGUUGAUUGAAGACGUGAAUACUUCCGGAAAUGGGCACAUGCACGUGAACUAAGUCAAUAUAUCUAGUGAAUCGGAUCAACGCAACUCUUGCUGUAAUUCAGUGAGUACUCGAUGAUUCAGAAAAACAGACUUUCUAUGUCAAUAAUCAAGUGAACACAAACUGUGUUUCGCGUUUCCUAUACGCAGUCGUAAUUGUACAGUCGCUACCUGCGAGAGUUACAGGUUCUUUUUCAAAGUAAAAGACACUUGUAGUUACACUUUUUCGCACUGUAUUUUCUAAGCAUAGUGGAUAGGAAAUACAGGAAAAACUACAGUAACAAUUAGGGAUUUAUAAAUUCAAAGUAAAUAACGUAACAGAUUAUCGUAAUGAAUCUUGAA